AUGCACGUGCUAGUUAGUGGGGCUGGCAUCGCUGGGCCUACGUUGGCGUGGUUUCUUGCAAAAAGAGGAGCCUGCGUUACCGUCCUCGAAAAGGCGAAAGCCUUGUUUCCACAUGGACAAAGUGUGGACCUCCAAGGCAGCGCAGUCACGGUUGUCAAACGGAUGGGGCUCCUCGACGAAGUCCGAAAGCACAACACCAAGGAGACUGGAACACAAUUUAUCGACUCUAAAGGAACGCCUUUCGCUCCCUUUCCCAUAUUGGAAGGCUCAGGUGCCAGUUUGAGCUCCGAGUUUGAGAUACUUCGUGGAGACCUGGCGGCGAUUCUCUACAGAGCCACCAAAGACCUCCCGAACGUCGAAUACAAAUUCGAUUCCACAAUCAGAACUGUGGUGAAGAAUGACAAAAGUUCCGUCCAAGUCGAAUUGAGCGAUGGCUCGACGCAUGAGUAUGACAUACUAGUCGCGGCUGACGGCCAGUGGUCGAAGGUGCGAAAGCAGUGCUUCCCAUCUGAAGCCGUUCGAGCAAUACAUAAAGGAAUGUAUGCGGUAUACUUUACUGUACCGAGAAUCUCUAGCGACAACAAUAUGUGGAACAUAUAUGUAGCUCUCAGGUCAAGAAUUGUUGCCCUUCGGCCAGACUCUCAUGGAACGACUCGUGCCAUGUUCACUAUCAUGCCUAACGGCCCGAUACAAGAAAAGGAGUGGCGCGAAGCUGGUAGGCACGACAGGAAGACCCAACAAGAGCUGGUACGGAACGAGUUCGCGGACGCGGGAUGGCACUCGCAAAGACUCCUUGACGCAAUGAAUCAAGCGCCGGACUUUUAUUUCCACGUGAUCGAGCAGAUCAGAAUGUCGAACUGGUCCCACAGUCGUGUCAUUUGCCUUGGAGACGCUGCGUAUGCACCAACUCCGUUGACCGGUAUGGGCACGUCGCUGGCGAUUGUGGGAGCCUACAUGCUUGCCGGUGAAUUGGGCAAGCUCGGUGAAGACGAACAUCCUUCCAAAGCGUUCGACACUUAUGAGGACAAGUUUCGCCCCUACGUCGAAAAGUCGCAAGAAAUUUCGUCCUUCGUUCCAGCUGUUGCACAUCCCGGGACAGUGUGGAAAAGAUGGCUUCUCCAAUGCUUCGUAAGCGGAAUUUCGCGGAUGGUGAAUCUGCCUUGGGUACGGAGUAGACUUGGUGAUUCUACCAACGACGAGUACUUCCCAUUACCACACUAUUUCGAUAUCGAGGGUAUCGAAGUUGAGUGA